CGUGACAUCAGUCGACGACAUUACGCGGCGGUGAGUGGACGCAGUUACACCCGUUCCAUACGGAAAUAAACAUGGCGUCGUGGGGAAUAGUAAACUGUGUUUAGUUCCUGGAUACGUGAGCUUUUUGGAUUUCAACGAGUUUGGAAAUUGCCGUCACGGUCUGACAUCACGUUAAAUUACUCGCAAGGAUGUUGCCUGACUACGGUUGAAGUUUGGCCAGGAAUCUCGCGCUGAAGUUGCAGAAAAUGCCGCAGAAGAACAGAAAACGGAAGUUAGAGGGGGAGGAGCAGUCGAUAGCCAACUGGGAACAGGAGAACAUUUUCCGAGAUAAAACCAGAGAGGAAAUGGAAUCUAUGUGGGAGCUACCACAAAUUUUUCAUUUUCUUCAUCUUACCAAGGAAAGUCUGAAUAUACCUCAUUUAUCUAUGUAUGAAAUGGAACGUAUGCUUCUAAUACCAAGAGCUUCAAAGCAGUUGGCAAAUAUCAUGACAUCCUUGUUAAGCUCUCCCAUCACCAAAGCGAAGUUGAGGAAGAUACCACCCAUGCCAUACGAAUUCUGGACUAACAUUUUAGCCUACAAAAUAAAAAGCUGGUUCAAAGUCUACGAGGGAAAGCAUCAGGAUGCCGUCAAAGUUCUAGAAACCAUUGGCGUCGAACCAGAAUUCUGGAACAUUUUUCCCGAUGCCCCUCUGCUGAAUGGGAAGGAUUUCGAGGAGUUAACUUUCAAGCAAAAAGUCUGGCUUCUGAAAACAAUCUGUGAUACGGUUAUGCACACUAGGAAAACUGUGCAAGAGGAAAUAGCUAAGCAACCAUGGGAAGACCAGUUCGAAACAGUCUUAGGAACCGAUCGCUACGGAGCAAGAUAUAUUUAUUUUCCACAAUUCCUUAAAAGUGAUCUACGAAUAUAUAGGCACUGUCUCGAUAAUAAAAUCCUAUCUACGGUGAAGCCCAUCAAGCCAAAGUUGAAAACAGGUUUAGGAAAUAAAACACUGGAACAGUCAGAUUUGAUGAGGAAAAGAGCCAAGCACAAAAGGAAAAAAUCACGGUGGAGCAAUGGUUUGCCUUCAAGAUCGAGAAAAAGAGUAAAUAAAUGCGAUGAAAAGGUUCUAAGCGACUGCAAGUGCACUAGCGACAGUGCUACAGGCUCCUUAAUUAACGAAGACACAAAUCUGAGUAGUACAAGCACCUGUAAUAAUAAUAAUAAUAAUAAUAAUAAUAAUAAUAAUAAUAAUAACGAUAGUAGUAAUAAUAAAAAUAAGGAAAAAGUUAAUUUAGACACCGUCAAUGGGAAAAGGUCGAGAAGCUUAUCGAAGUGUUCGGAAAUGAGUACAGAGUGCGGUAAGACGCACUGUACAAAUGUAAAGUCAAGCGGUUAUGACACGAAUAGUUCAGUUGAAACGUCUUCUGAUUUAAGUACGCCUGAGAAAAUGUUCAAGGGAUUCUCGAAUAGCAGUAACGAAAAAUGUAAUAUAAAAAUAAUUAGCGGUAUAUUGGGUAAUUUAAAAACGAAUCCAAGCGAAGGGAGGGGGACAGACGAUGUAAACGCAUCUUCGACAAAUACCUCACAAGAUAAGUUAGAGUUGAACUCGGUGAGACAAUAUUUAGACACAAUAGAUCUCUGUACAAGUAAAAGUGAACCCGCUGAUAACCUGUCCAGCGUUUCCAAGACUGACGAUGAGAAAUUGAACGAAAUUAUCAGUGCCGAAUGCUUCAAGUUGGGCGACAAAAGUUCCAGUAAUUUUCACACAGUUAGAGAAACGCACCAAAUAUCAACCAUAUCAAAAUCCGACGACGAAAAAUUGAGCGAAACUCAAAGUGGUCAUAGCACAUCGGAAGAUAACGCUAGUCUUGUCGAAGAAACGAAGGAACAUGUUCAAUUUACGACUAAGAAAGAAAGUAAUGGGUCUGUUGAAGAAUUGCAAUCGGGUCAAAGUAGCAAAAGUAGAGAUAACGAGAUGGAAUCUGAGAAGAAACAGAAUCUUUCUUUGAGUGAAUUGAGGUCGAUGUUGCAAGAAGAAGUGAUGGAGGAUGAUCUCUCAUUCGACGAGGACAGUGAAAUUGGAUAUAACCUUCGAAGAACGAGGAGUGAGAAAACGCGGGACUGUAAACAAGAAGUGGAUGAUUUUAAUGGGAUGCUAUUGGAACUGAGUGCUUCGAAAUUUCAACUCGUAGCAGACAGCAUUGCUUCACUGAAGGACCUCAUAGCUUCCUUCUUACACAAGAACGGCAGUCCGAGUGCUGAUACAGAUGAUGACAAUGAGGCUAUUCCUCUGUGUGAACUGAAACUGGUCAAGAAAUUGUCAGAUCUACUCGAGUCUUUAAAGGAAAUGGAACCAGCUAUCUGCGACUCAUUGAAGAAAGCCAGAGCAAAACUUCAAAAGGAAUUAACCAAUUUAAAAGAAGGACAAGCUGCUGUAUGUUGUAGCAGUAUGGAGUGUCAGGACUCAUCUGGGGAGGGUGUCGGCUCUAAUUGGUGGGUUCUUGGAUCGCAGGGCUAUCCACUGCCAACUUCCGGAGAUGCAUCGUUACAAACGUUACCGCAGUCUACCCUAUCCCCAACUGGCGCCCAAAGCAACACCGUCAAGAGCAAAGAAUGCCAAAAGGAGCACACCAGUCACGCAGAAGACAGUAAACACGAGCCCCAAGACCACAAAGAACGUCAAGGCGAAAACACGCAAAGCGAGUCACAAAGAAGCGAAGACAAUAGCCAGGAAAGCACAGGAGCCGAAGAAGAGUCCAAGGAAGAUUCGAACUGUGAAGAAGGACAACAAACACGAAGAGUGUUGCGAGCACGCGGCAUCUCCUCCUACACAGAACAAUUUUAUUCAGACGAUGAGAUCGAGGAGAACAAGCUGGAAGAAUGGCCCAACCUUGAGGCAGUCUAUGCGGCUCCCAGCGCACAGACCGGUGCAUCCACUCCUUACUUUAGUUCGAAAGUCAAACUCGCUGAUGGUUGGACGAACGAGGAGGACUCAGACCAAGAGUGGAUUCUACCGAGCUCUCGCAAAAGGAAAAAUAAACGUCCGUCUGCCAAUAGAAGAUUGAAGUCAUUCGAACAUAAAUUACAAAGCAUCAAAGUAGACGAGCUACAAGAGGCAGCGGAAUCGCUGGUAGCUGCUCCUUUGACUGUAAAAAUCGACAAAGAAAAACUUGCAGUCAAAGAAGACCACAUAGGUAACCUAGAAAACUCUACCGAUUCGACAAAAGCUUCCAGUCCUAACGCCACCGACAAUCACGAGGCUCCAGUAGAGAAUAAUGAACCUACGGUAGAAAAUCACGAAGCCGUGGCGGAGAAUCAAAACCUUGAGAAUCACGAGGCUGUGGUAGAAAAUAAUUUUAAACAAAUAGUGCCUUCCUUAGAAACGAUCAACAAAGUCGAGAACAUUGAGAGCGUGCAUUCGGAAUUGGAUAUCAAGGACGAAGGCCCGAUUUACGACUACACUCCGUGUCAGGUCGACAACGGUUACACUGCGAACGUCAACGCCAAUUACAUGAUGAUUAAAACUGAGCCUAAUCCAAUGAAUUAUUACGUGAUGCAGCCGAAUGCCGCGACUGUCGUUUCGCCCAAUACGAUCGUGCAGCAUGGAUCCGUAGUCUCGAAUAUCAUACCACAGAUGCAGCAAGGUUACUACGUUCACGGAGGGCAGAAUUAUAUCAUUCAGAAUCCUCAAACUGGUUACGUUCCUCCUCCAUCGUUGCAGCCUCAAGGGCCACAGAUGAUGGCUCCUCAACAAUUCAUCAAUCACCCUGGUUACAUGCCAUACGUGAUGACAGCGCCCCAUCCGCCACAACGUGACUUCCUACCUGCCAAUCCUCAUUUUCUUCCACAGAAUAUACAUCAACAUCUUCCUGUUCCAACACAUCCGAAUCCCACGCAAAAUAGAUACCCGCAUCCACAAAACAGAUACCCAUCACGCCCGAGUUAUCCACACCCAAAUGGCGCGGUUAUAAGAAGCAAUAUGCCUAUCAGAGGGACUUUUCCGCGAACUAAUAACGCCAGACAACCCAGAAACCUUCCCCAGCAACGAGUGAAUUCUGUCAAAUCACUGAAACCAAGGAAACCGAGUGCACCUUCAGAAAAUGCAACUCAGAAUAAAUCCAAUUGUUUGAUCGUUCUCAGCGACAGCGACGACGAGAUCGAGAUGAUCGUUACUAAGAAAGCAGGUUCUGAAACGGGGAAAGCGAAGACCACGCCUCGUAAAAAUGUUGUACAAUCUAGGCAUAAGCCAACUAUUACCUCAAACGUCACAGUAGCCACACCGAAGGGUUCCAUACCUCAACAGAUAAUACAACGUAUGAGCCAAGGUGGCAUCUCUAUAACGCCUGUGAAGCCUGCUCAGCCGGUUCAAAGUCCGAACACGCAGUUGGUGGUGGUCGUUAACGAUACUGGAAGCCAUUAUGCCUUAGCAUUGCCCAACGGAAGCAAGCUCAUCCUCACUCCUGAACAGGUGGCGCAGAUUCGUGCUUCGAACGGUGGAAAAUUAAUUUUGUAAAAUGAAAUUUCCUCCAAACGGAGAUGAACAACGCGAAUGAACGUUUAGUGAGAGAAUGGUAAUUUUCGCAAGGGAACGUCGAAGCAUAUACGAUCGACGCGUGUACAGUAUGUCUCGAUGUUUCCUUUGUUAGUAAAUUGCAAAUGGAGUGGACGGGGUGAUGCACUUUGAUCUCUUUCACUUAUGUUAUGAUAUGCUUUCAAAGCUGAUGUUCCUGCAAUAUAUAACAUAGAGUAUGAUACUCUUCUCCCUCUUUUUAUGCUUGGUGAAUCAAUUCGUAAUGGAGUUUUAAAAGUGAAAUAUUAUUAAGAUAGACGAAUACCUCUGAAAGUAUGUGCAACUACUAAUUUAUGUUUGAUUGAAAAUUCAAUUGAUUCUAUUACGUGUGUAAGUCGUUUGGGAAAAUUGUGCAAGUUAGUUACAUUCGAUAUGUAUAUCAAUUUUUUACGUAGACAGAUUUCUUAUCUGUUUCUAUAAACUACCGAAACGUGUUUAUUAGUAACUGAUAAUUUAUGUUAUCAAAAGUGAAUAACAAAAGUGUAUAGCUGUACUAUACUAUUCUUUAGUAUGUGAUAUUUCAUUUAUGAAUAUAUAAAUUAUUCAUAUUAUUUUAUAUAUAGUUUGUAUAUUUUAUAAUAGUAUAUUAAACAUUAAGCAAAUUGAACGAGAAAUUUCACCUUCUACAAUCAUUUUCGUUUAGAUUUAUAAAUAUGAAAAACUUCUUCCUCGCUGAAAAGAUUUUUCUUUUUCUUUCUUUUUAAAUUAUUAUAUUUAAGUUUCGUGCAACUGUUUAUGUAAGUACAUCAUCACCAAAAUAGUCUAACUAGUAAAUGUUGAGUUUCUAGAGGGAAACCAUAUGUAUAUUUAAAAUAGUUUGUUUAAUAUAUUGUAUAAAUUAUA